UUGUAACCACAUCAUCUAACUGUUUUGUUCAGGCCGGCCGAAAACAAUUAUGUAUCAUAUGCGGUUGUGUGUCAUGCUAAGGUAGGAUUCAGUGUGGAUUCUAGUUUAGAUCACACACACUGUAGCGCAUGAGUGAAGACAGCAGUGAGGAGGAGGGAAGGCUAGUGCAACCGCUUAGGAUCACACGGCGAACCGCUCUUAGUCAACCAAUCACUUUCCAUGAGUUAGCUCCUGGGGAGGAAAGGAGACUACGAAGGGAAGCAAGGGAGCGGGUAGCACCGAGGAGGAUUAGGGACGCAGCAGCCAGCUUAGCGGCUGCGAUGGCUACCGCUGCCUCUACGUCACAAACCUCUUCCCUGUCUUCUUCGUCAGGAGAAGGGCAGGGUGGAUCAGGUGCAGUUAGUCAGUCUGCUGGUUUGCAAGUCAGCCAGCAGAGUCCACUCACACCGGAGGAUUUAGAAAUCCGACAGGCGGAAGAACUUCAGGAUGAUCUGCAGCGGCAGUUGGACGAAGCAGCAGAGAGGAGAAGAAGAGCAAUACUCAGAAAGGCUAGACUAGGAAGAAGAGUGCAGGAGCUAGGCAAACUAGAAGGGCUAGAUGAGGCGGCAUUAGACCCUACUGUUCGUGUGUUGCGUAGUGCUUUACUAUCAGUGGCAGAAGCGCAGAAUGUCCAGCAGGAAUUGCUGACCGAAUUUGUGGCAGGCCAGAAACAAAUCCUGGCUGAACUUCGGGUUCCUCGUAAAGUAAUGAGGCAGCCGCAGUUUGCUGUAGCUCCCUCUACGCGUGCGGGUCCUUCAUCGAUGCCGCAACCCACAAGGCCAUCUUUCCCUCCUAUGUUUGGCAUUCCCCCUCUAGGUGGUUUAGUAGCAACUAGUGGUCAGGUUCAUAGAGUCUCAGUCGUACCAUCUACGACAGUGGUCACUACAGUCCCACUGUCAAGCCAGGCCCAGGUUAGUGUGCAACAACCUAUUUCAGUGGCUAUGCAGCCGUUGCAGCAAGCCCCUGGGCCCAUGCAGCCUAUGCAGUGGAUGCCCAAGAUUCCUCUGCUGAGUCCUAAACCUUUUUCUGGAGACAGGAAGAAGGAUGAGGAUCUGGACACCUGGGUAAGAACUGUGCCUACAUAUGUGAGGCAUAAGCUUACAAGGUCAGAGCAGGAGGUUGUAGUUGCUGCGUCCUUUUUAGAAGGAUCGGCAACACGUUGGUUGAACGGGUUAGUGCAGCAGCAGGGCUAUGGUCAGGACUUCGAUGCAUGGGCACAGACCCAGACAUUGGAACAUUUCGUAGAGACUGUGUACAAGAGGUGGCAUGACCCUCAAGGGGCUCAGAAGGCCACCAACGCGAUCAAUCAUCUUUGUGCCAAAAAGUACAAGAAUGUUCACGAAGUCACAGACGUUGUAGAACGUCUGAUCGUAGUACCUGGUGUGCGCUUUGACCCUCAAGUACUCCUCACGGAUUAUUUGAGAUGUCUUCCAUCAGAAGUCGGGACGAAACUGGUGGACGAAGCCUACAUAGACCAACACAGCUUUGCUACAUUCAGCACGAAGGCCUUAGAUAUAGAGGCCAAGCUGGGAUCCGCGCAUCAGGUGUCUCAUGAUGGUAGGAAGAGACUCCCCCAGGACUGGAAGAAGAAGGGUCAGUUAAUGUUCGUUGACCACGAUGGUCAAACGACGGAGAUUGACGAUUUCCCAGACCUUGGGGAGGUGAUAGAGCAGGAUGGGGCCAGUGAGACUUCGGAUGGGGGAGUUGUGGCGCCUAUCAAAGAAAAUGCUAGGGGGACCAGGAAGAAGAAGGUAGUACGGUCCACGGGUCACCCUUGCAUGGUGGGUAGUUUAUCUGGGGCGGAUGCCUUAUUUGGGGCGCUUACACAGUAAUGUUAAAGGCAAAUCUGGCUAUAUGUUGAAACCUCCACCGAGUAUCCAAUAAUGAAUGCGUCAGUGCGGA